CCUUCUUCUUUCAGCUUCGUCUCCAGUAAUUUGGUUCUUUCCUGUGGAAGCACGCCUCUCGCUGAACAAAUUUUAAAACGACACAGAAAGAGGAAGGAAGGAGGAAGCGAUGGUGAAGGUACGGAUGAACACGGCCGAUGUGGCCGCCGAAGUCAAGUGCUUGCGGAGGUUAAUCGGCAUGCGCUGUUCCAAUGUCUAUGAUCUCUCCCCCAAGACGUAUAUAUUCAAGCUGAUGAAUAGCAGCGGAGUUACGGAGUCUGGGGAGAGUGAGAAGGUUUUGUUGUUAAUGGAGAGCGGUGUCCGGUUGCAUACAACUGUUUAUGGAGCUGGAUAAAUUACAUAGCCUUUUUUUUUUUAAGUAUGGGGAAAGAGAAGCAGAUAAAUAGUGAAAUAGUUG